CAACCCGUAAGACCUCCGUUCAUCUUCAGAACACAGUUUAAGAUUUAGGUUUAGUCCGAGAGCUUUCAGUCCCUCUACUGAAAAUGUAUAUAUACUGUCCAUGUCCAGAAAGGUAAUAAAGACAUCUUCAAAGUAGUCCAUGUGACAUCAGAGGGUCAGUUAGAAUUUGUUGUAGCAUUAAAAAUACAUUUUGGUCCAAAAGUAACAAAAGUUACAACUUUAUUCAGCAUUGUCUUCUCUUCCGGGUCUGUUGUGAGCGCGUUCACGACGCUGCUGACGUACCUGGCUGCUGACAUGUUAUCUUUGCUAUUGGGCGCACCAGAAAACACGUCAGCAGCAUUGACAUCUAAUAACGUCUAAUAAUGAGAUACUAAGUGAUAAUUAUGAGAAAGUUUCUCAGUACUAUGACUUAGCCUACAGAAUCAUACUUUUCUCAACUGUGGCGGAAACAGGCUUCCAUACAUAUAUGCUAGGAUUACAUAAAAGCAUUUAAAGCAAAUUAUGCAUAAAAUGAAUAAGUGCAUUUUCAUUGCAUUUAAAAGAUGUUAAGUAAAAGUUCCACCAACCGUUUUUCUUUUUCCUCGGUGGGAGGGAACGUUUGACAGAGGAAGUAUGCUGCAAUGGACAGAUUACGUCUCCCCAUUUAUUGGUACAUGGAGUGUCUCUCCAGUCUAUCCACUGAGCUUCAGCCUCUUAUUCACAAAGAAUAAUAUUUGUAUAGAGUGAAUAGAGAACAAAACGACAACAAAAACUGGACUCAGAGAUGUCAGGACUCCCCACGAUCCUGGUGAAUAACUUCCUCUUGUUCUUGUUGCUGUCCUCCCUGGUGGCUUUGCAUGCUGAAUACUCCGGACAUCACAGUUUGAUCAUAUAUGUGACAUUUGCUCCCAGUCAUCAAUAUCUACCUAAAUACUCCUCAUAUGGCAUGCUUGAUGAUUACAGAGUGUUUACUUAUGACAGCACCUCUGAUGCAUUUUCACAUCCCUUCGGCCAACUGGAAUCUCUGUCCACUGUCUGGAGAGAUCUCAGGGAUUGCACAAACUUUAAAACGGGAUAUUUCAACCUGUUUUCAAGAUAUGCAAAUUUAACCUUGGGGUUGAAUGGUCCUCUCUUGCAGUUAAUGUAUGGCUGUCAGCUGAGCCAUAAUGGAACGUCAAGUGGACUGUAUCAUUUUUCAGCCGAUGGAGAGUAUAGUCUCUCGAUGGAUAUGGACAGCCCUCAAUGGUACUCAUAUUUGCCACAGGAUCUGGACAUUAAGAACAUUCUAGACAGGUUUGAGCUCUGGAAUCACAAUAAUCUCAUAUACAUUCAUCGUGAUUGUGUUCCUCGACUCAAGAAGUUCUAUGAACACAGUAGAACAACACUUGAUCAGAAAGUUCGCCCUGAAGCUGUGAUCAGUCAAAAGCGCGCUGGAGCUCUAAACUGUGUGGUGACGGGAUUUUACCCUAAAGAUAUCACUGUAGAGUGGAUGGUUAAUGGACAGCCAGUCUUAGAUGGGAUAUCAACAGGCUCCCUGCCAAAUCAUGACCAAACAUACCAAAUUCAGGUGAUUAUUCUGUUAUCUGAUCCUACACACAACUACUCCUGUCAAAUAAAGCACAGCAGUCUUCAAGAACCAAUGGUCCUUACAUGGGAUGCUUCCUCAGGUAUGACUGAUAAAACUUCUUUGCACAUUGGUUUUAUUGCAGGACUUAUCGCAGUGCUUACACUAAUAGUAGUUCUUAUGUGUUUCAUAUUGAAGCGUGUAAUUUGGAAAAGAAAUGCAUAUUUGUAAUAUAAUUGUACAUUUUAUUUUAAAAUAAUAUAUUAUUUUCUAAAUAUUAUAUUUUUUUCACUGUCCCCGUAAAGGCUUGCAGUAUAAAACUCCUAUAAAUAAACAUGGUAUUUAUAUGAUAAACUUUAUAUUUAUAAAUUAUUGUAUUUUGGUUAUUAAUUUAUUAUAUGUUAGUUUAUUGUCAUUUUAUGUUACAUAAGUGAGAUUCAUGUUGACUGUCUUUCUUAAAAUUUGUUUUAGUACUUUGAUGUGGAUAUUUGUAAAAUAGGGAAAUUAGAUCUUAUUAGCUAGAACUGUGUGACUGAAGCAAGUCAAAUUAGUUCCAUUAACUGCAGUGUCACUACUCUUGCACAUAAAAGAAUAUGUAUGAAAGGGUUUAGAUCGUGUGAUUUGAUAUCAUCUGGAAUAGAAAUGUGAACAUUAAUCGAUGUGUGAUGCCAAGCACUUGAUCAUGUUUCAACCAAAGACCACAGAAUUGAGAACUGCAUGGAAAUAUUAUGAUAACUGGCUGGGCUGGGAGUAUCAUUUGAGAGCUACGAGGCACAUGCAGUCCCAUCUAAUAAUCUGACCUCAAGCACCACUUCCAUCCUGACCACUUCAGCACACUCAACACAAAUGGAAGGGGAAACCCUGCCCAAAUCAGCUUCUCUGCAGAGUUAAACACAUUACAAAUGUUCAAAAGCAUCUGUGGGAAUAAUCUGUUUAUGCUUUUAUAUAUCAUUUUGGACCAUUUUUGAUGGUCACCGUUGUUGUGAUUCUCACGCUGAUACUUGAUAUCUGUGUCUAAGUUAUAAAGAUUUUUUUUUUAGUUUUUGAUCUAAGUAGGUUUUAAAAAUGCCAGAUCUGAUAUUGUUCACGGUGUUGGCAUAAUUAAUAAUAAUAAUUAAAAAAAACUCAGUAAUUCCAGUCUCUACAUGAUGAUUAUUUCAAAGCAUAAUCAACACCACAUUAUCACUUUUCCUCAGGGUUGUCUGGCUGUUAUAACACAAUUACAAUAACCAAAAAAAAUCUUAAAUGUUGAAUUAGAUUUUUUUUUUCUCCUUUGGUGAUUCUGCUUGUUAACAUCAGGCAUCUUCAAUAAUGUUCAAUCAUCACUUAAUUAAUCACUUAAUUAUCUCAUUAACUAACACUAGGGAUUUUGUUGUGUACAGUAUCUGGAAUUGAAAAUUAACUUUGUUCAUUUUUAUCUGUCUUACUUUUUGAGGCCUCUGUAUAAUCCAGUAUACAACGAAAAUAUAUCUAAAUAAAUAAAUGUUUAUAUAAACCAUUAGCACAUAAUUAUUAUUCAUGUUUUAUGCAAACAGUUCGGAAUCAAAAUGUUCAUAAUUAAAUUAGCUUUUCAUCAAAAUACCGAGAUGCUGAAAAUGAGACUUACCUGUUUGCUGUCAUCCCUUGGCCUAAUCAGGCUGGUGGUUUGGUUAAGUUUGGUCUUGUCUGUGGUGGUCAUGCUGAUGAGAGAGAAAAAGAGAGACCAGAACGCAGAAUGAGAAGCAGCUGUCUGCUUCUCCAGCACAAAGGAAAACACAAACCACAACCCACAUCUCAUUCAACACAUACAUAAAAAC